ACGAGUAAAUGAACCUUUUCGAACUAGGAAGAGUUCAUUCAUAUGAUUUACCGACUCAAAGAUAAAGCCCAUUUAUUUAUGAGCUAAUUGUGUUUUCUAAUCGAAAUGAGUCAAUUAAGUAUUCUAACUGAAUCGAAUUUGAAUCGAACACAAGAUAGUGCAGAAAACAUAAAUAAGGAUUCCAAUAAUGAUCUAAAUAUUGGUGGCAAUGAUGAUGAUGAUAAUAAUUUAUCCGAUAGAAUUCAACUGGAAGAAAAUGAUACAUUCAUUGAAACUAAUAGUUUAGAUGAAUUUCAUAGUAGUCAAGAAUUAAAUCCACUUUAUCUACCUGAUAAUUAUGAUAAACUUCCAGAAUCCUUUGAUGUAUCUACAUUUCCACAAUCACAUAAAGAAAAUAAUUUGAAAGAAUCACAACUUUUAGAAUAUUGUGAAAAUUUCUGUCGACAAUAUGCUCAUCUAUGUCCUGAUCGAACAAAACUAUUUCUGAUACCAAUGAAUGAAUGUGAUAUACAGAAAUUUGUAUGUACCACAUUGAGUAAGACAUAUUUAAAUUAUCCUGAAUUAUACCUAUGGUAUGGAGCAGCUAAGUUUGUUGCUGAUUUUCUCAACUUUGUACCACUUGUUCCAUCAACUGAACUGCCUAAAAGACUUUUAAGUCCAAUGACAACAGUCAACUUGCAAAAAGGUACUUGUUUUGAAUAUGCUACAUUAUUAUGUUCACUUUUAAUAGCUGCUGGUUAUGAUGCAUAUGUAGUCAGUGGUUAUGCAACUAGAGAAUGUUGUUAUAUGGAUGAAACUAGAGAAACAUGUCCAUAUCUUAUUGGAGAUGAAAUAAAAAAAACUACUGAUGAUGUGAAAAACGAAGAAUUUGAACCAAAACGAUAUAUUAUCAAACCAGAAAAAGACUUGACAUCAAAAUAUGAACACGCUAUGACAUUGAAAGAUUUACAGUUUGAAGCGGAACGUGUUAAACAGGCUAAAAAAGAAGCAGAACUGGCUGAAGAAGAACGUUAUAAACCAACUGUUGAUCCAUUAUUUGGUCUUAGAAUACAUGCAUGGAUUCUAAUAUUGCCUGGAAAACGUGAAGUACCUGAAGCAUUUUUCAUUGAAACAUUGACAGGUCUUGCUAAGCCUUUAGAUUGUUCGAUGUAUCUAGGCAUAGAAAGCUUGUGGAAUGAUCAUAAUUAUUGGGUGAAUAUGCAAGAUUGUUCAACUGGUAUAUCUCAUUUAAAUUAUAAUCUAAAUGAUAGUCUGUGCUGGGAAUAUUUAUUACCUAAUGAUAGCUUAUCUAUCGAAAGGACAGGAUUUCCAAGUAGUCAACGUCCAGAUAUGUUCAAUCUACAAUCAACAAUGUACAGUAAAACAUCUACUAUUAAUCAACUAGUAUCACCUUUAUUAAUCGUACCCAAUUCAUUAAAAUCAAAAAAUAAUAAUUAUAAUUCAAGUUUCAAUUUAAAUGAUAAUGAUGCUCAUUGUUUAAUUGAUAGUACUCAUCAAGUUCGAGGAACUAUACACGUUAAAUCAUUAAGUAAUUCAGAAAAUAAACCAUUACAACUAGAUUUACCACCAUCAUGGACUUUACCAAUUCAGAUUGAACAGAAAUUAUUUAAAUUACGCUAUCCGAAUGGUUUAAAAAAGAGACAAUAUAAAUAUUCAACUGUAGAAAAUUUUGCACCAUAUUCACAAUGUGAUGGUUUAAUUUUAAAGUUAACAAUAUUCCAAGAUCGUGAAUUAACCAAUCCUAUUGAAAUUAGAGAAACUUAUGCUAAUCGUAAAGAUAAAUUAAUCAGUCGUAAUACGAUAUUAAAAACAAAUUGGAUUGUUGAUAAAUUUGAUCAUGGUCGUGAAACGAGUCAUUUGAUUGAACAUGGUUAUUAUAAGACACAACAAGGUGUACAUACUAUACGUUAUAUGAUAUUUAAUCAUGAUGCUAGAACUGAUGGCCUGUAUAAACGUGAACAAACAUUCAAUACAAUGAUAGAACAUUUCAAAGAUAGACAUGAUCGCCUUUAUUAUCGUGAAGUACAUUUCAGUGCUAAAGUUAAGAAAUUUGGCCCAGCACCAACUCAAAAUAAAGAUAAUCCAGAUGAAUUAGCAUUAUCUACAACUAGUCAAUUAAAUAUUGAUAAAAUCAUUGAGAGAUUUAUACGUAACGAAGAAAUUGAGGCAGAUGAAGAUAUUGCUGAAAAAAUAUUUAAUAUAGCUGAAGAAAGAAUUUCUCUUACUUAUCAUGUUGGUAAAGAACGUAUUGUUCCGUGUACUAGAGAAUUUAAUAAACCACCACCUUCAGAUGACAGAAGAGAUGGUAUACAACUUUAUCCAGACACACAUGUGGCAUUUCAAGUCAAUUUAUUUAAUAAAUCUAAAACACAAAUUGAAAUUUAUAAUAUGCUUAUUAAAUUAUUAAAUGAAGAAGAAAAUUCUAAAGAAUUAAUAUAUAAAUCGAUUUAUGAAAUUCAUUCUAUAUUAAAUGAACGUACAAUAGAAGAUUUACAUGUUACAUUCAAUAUUGAUCCAUUUAAUACAUUAUAUAAUAUAGAUAUACAUAAAUUACGUAAUGAAUUAGAAAAUUUAAGUAAAAUUCAACAAGAUAAUAAUUCUAAUGAAGAAAUGGAUUAUUUACAACCUUAUUUAAUACAAUAUAAUCUAAUCCAUAAUAAAUUCACUAAAGAAUAUGCUUUAUUAAUAUAUAAUGAAUGUUUAAAUGAUUUUAAACAAACUUUAAUUCAUAAAAUUAAUUUAAUACAAUUAAAUUAUGAAAAACAACAAGAGAAUUUAAUAAAAAAACAACAAUGGUAUCAAUUAAAUCAAAUGAAUUUAACUAAACAAGAUGAACAAGACUAUCUAGUUUAUUGUCAUGAUGUAACAUUGAAAAUUAACACAUUACAAUCAUUAUUCAAUUGGUAUAAAUUGAAAGCAACCGAAAAAUAUAAAAAUUUACAAAACAAGUUAAAAUUAGAUACAAGACUAAGGGAAUUAUUAUAAUUAUGAUUAUUAUUAUUAUUAUUAUUAUUAUUAUU